AAAAAAUCAACAAACAACGCUAGCGCAAUUUCCUUCAAGCCACAAACAAGCAGCAAAGCUCGCAUUUGACUCUCGUUUUUUUAUUGAACAAGUCAUCAUCAUCAUUUUGUGGUCAUUGGCAAAGAAUUUGAAGAAGAUUGAAACCUCCUAUAAUCCAUCAUCAUCUAAAUCAUCAUCAUUAAUUUCUCUCCCCUUUUUUAAAACUAAAUAACAACAAUGAGCGAAAACUUUUGGGAACAACGUAAACUCGAAAUUGAGCAAACUAGGCAAGCUGAACUCGAAAAGAAGGCUGCUGAACAAAAGGAAAAGAAGAAGAGUCAAGUAGUAGAAAAAACUGAAAAGAAGAAGGAAAAGCAACCAAAGAAGGUUGAACAACAAAAGGAACAAACCCAACAACAACCAAACGGUGCUGCUGCUGCUUCUGAACAAAAAGAAAAGAAAAAGAAGAACUUUAAAAAGAACAAGGAAGCCUCUCAACCAUCAACUUCCCAACCAGCCACUACUGAAGCUUCUGCUCAAGAUGAUUUCCAAACUGUAGAAAGAAAGACUGGUGGAAGAAGACAAUUCCGUGGUGCUAACAAGAGAAGUAACAAUAAGAAGAAGGAAAAUGGCGAAAAGAAGAAGGAAAAUAAGGAAAAUAAGGAACAACAACCAAAGAAGGAAGAAAAGACAACAACUGAACAAGGACAACAACAAGUUGUUGUUCAACCUGUUCAAAUUAAGGUCUUUUCUACCACUGAAUCAACACCUGUUCAAGGUUCUGACUCUUGGGUUUCUCUCUUGAGAGGUAAUCAACCAGAAAGUACCUCCACUACUCAACAACAACAACCAACUUCUAAUGGUGCUGCUACUUCUACCAAGAAGAGUAAGCCAAAAUCCGAAAAGAAGACUGUUGUUGCCAAGCCAGUUACUGCUGAAAAGACAACAACUGAAGCAAAGAACAAGCCACAAAAGAAUUAUGAAUCCGGAAAGAACUUGUUGAGAUCAACUGAAGUUGAAGUUGAUCAAGCAUUGUUGGACGAAGUUGGUGUUUUUAUUCAACCAAGAGGAAUGACCAAUAUUAACAAUUCUUGUUAUAUGAAUGCUGUUUUGCAAACUUUGGUCUCCCUUCCACAAUUCUAUCAUGUAAUGAAGAGACUCGGAAAGAUUUCUCUCGACAAUGAAGAAUAUCCACUUACCAACAAGUUUGUCCGUUUGGUUAACGAAUAUCAAACCAUGAAGACUCACCGUCCACAAAGUGGAAAGGAAGGUGAAAAGAAAGAUAGAAAAUACUUUAUCAAUGCUUCUACUGAACAUUUAGUUCCAAGUUAUAUUGUUGAUUAUAUUCAACAAUCAUCAACCAACUUGGAAGAUGCCUUCCUCUUGGGUACUCAACAUGAUGCUCACGAAUUCUUGAAUCACAUCUUGCAAAGACUUCACGAAGAAUUGAAGAAGACUGAAGCUACUUUGGGUAGAAAGUCUCCUUCUGCUUCAAAGAAGAAGAGCAAUAAGAAGCAAGAAGCAACUUCUGAACAAGCAGAACAACCAUCCACUGAAACUACCAGUGAAGAAUGGAAGGAAGUUGGAAAGAAGAAUAAGGCCAAUCCAAUGCGUGAACAUGAAAUGGGUGAUAGCAGUGUUAUUGCUCGUACUUUCGCUGGUAAGAUGAAGAGCUUUGUUCAAAAGCAAGGUGAAAGCAAGGGAAGUUCUGUUGUUGAACCAUUCUUUAGCUUGCAUUUGCCAAUCAAGGAUGAAAACAUCAAGGGUGUUAAAUUCGCCUUGAGAGAAAUGACCAAGGAAGAAAAUGUUAGUGAUAAGAAUGCCAAGUCUUCUAUUUAUCAACUUCCAAAGGUUCUCCUCUUACAUUUGAGAAGAUUCGACUUUUCUUCAACUGAAGGAGUUCAAAAGAUUUCUAAGCGUAUUAGAUUUGAUUAUGAAUUGAAUAUUGACGAAAAGGUUGUUCCAAACGUCAAGGCCAUUUCUGGAAGACCAAGUUUGAAAUAUAGACUUGCUAGUGUCAUUUGUCAUCAUGGAAAGGAUGCUACUAGUGGACAUUAUAGUACUUAUAUUCAACAUGGAUGCGGAAAGUGGAUUCAUAUUGAUGAUACUAAGGUAACUGUUGUUAGUUUGCAACAUGUUCUAGAUCAACAAGCUUACAUUUUGACCUAUGUUCAAGAUGAUAACCAAGAACACUAUAAAUUAUACUCGGAAGGAAGCUCAUCGUCUCCUUUGUUCAGUGAAUCAAGUGAACAAAAUGGUGAAAAGAAGAAGGACCACAAGAAGAAGGAUAAGAAGGACAAGAAGGAAAAGAAAUCUAAACCUGCCACAACUACUACCACUACUACUACUACCCCAACUACUACCGAGACAAAGACAGAAGCUAAGACCGAUGUGUAGAGUUCUCAUUUUGUACAAAUACUACUAUUAUAAUUCCCUACUUUAUUUAUAAAAACAAUUUUGAUUCUUUUUAAA